AUGUCCAGACCAGAAGAACUAGCACCUCCAGAGGUGUACUACAAUGAUGUAGAGUCUCACAAGUACACAUCCUCGACUCGUGUACAGCAUAUUCAAGCCCAAAUGACACUUAGGGCUCUUGAACUUCUCAACUUGGAACAGGACGCUCCGCACUUUAUACUUGAUGUUGGUUGUGGAUCUGGAUUAUCAGGUGAAAUUUUGACAGAAGAAGGCUACAACUGGGUAGGAAUGGAUAUAGCGCCCAGUAUGUUGGCGUCAGCCCUCGACCGAGAAGUUGAAGGAGACCUUUUCUUGGCAGAUAUUGGAAAUGGUAUACCAUUCAGACCCGGUACUUUUGAUGCUGCCAUAUCUAUUUCGGUGAUCCAGUGGCUCUGUAAUGCCGACUCAGCCAAUGUAGACCCCAAGAAGAGAAUUUUGCACUUUUUCAAUUCAUUAUAUGCUUCAUUAAAACGAGGUGGAAAGUUUGUGGCUCAAUUUUACCCUAUGAACGAUAAGCAAACACAAGCCAUUUUGGACGCUGCAAAGAUAGCAGGGUUUGGAGGAGGACUUGUCAUCGACGAUCCGGAGUCAAAAAGACACAAAAAGUACUACUUGGUAUUGACGGCAGGUCAAAGUGAAAGAUCGAUCAAUUUGGCCGGUACCGAAAUGGAAGUUUCCAGCGAGAAUAAGAGCAUGAAUAGGAAAAAGAGGAAGCACUUGGAGUCCAAGAAGGAGUUCAUAGCGAGAAAGAAGGAAACCAUGAGGAGACAAGGCAAGAAGGUGGCUCUUGAUUCCAAGUUUACAGCAAGAAAGCGGAGACCCCGUUUCUAG